UUGGUCGUAACAGCAAGUGGCAGAGUGAGAGUUUUUGUGUGGCUAGUGGCAUCAAUGGAGCUCUCGAUCUCACAUUCACCCUGUCUUCGGUUCUCCUCUUCAUCACCUCGUUUCUUAGCAGCUUCUUCUCAUCAUCAUCAUCGGCCUUCGUUGCAUUUAGCUGGGAAGCUUUUAAGCAGGCCUAAAGAUGUUGGCUUCACGAGCUUAUCAAGUUCGUGUUUGCGGUCGAAAUUUGUUUCAACUGGUUAUAGAAAAAUCUCGAUCCGGGCAUGUUCUCAGGUUGGUGCUGCUGGUUCGGAUCCAGUUCUUGAUAGAAUUGCGCGUUUCCAAAAUGCUUGCUGGAGAUUUCUUAGGCCACAUACCAUCCGUGGAACAGCUUUAGGAUCCACUGCCUUGGUUACAAGAGCUUUGAUAGAGAACACUCAUCUCAUUAAGUGGAGUCUCGUACUCAAGGCGCUUUCAGGUCUUCUUGCUCUUAUAUGUGGGAAUGGUUAUAUUGUUGGCAUCAAUCAGAUCUACGACAUUGGCAUUGACAAAGUGAACAAACCAUACUUGCCAAUAGCAGCAGGAGAUCUCUCAGUGCAGUCUGCGUGGCUGUUGGUGAUAUUUUUCGCAGUUGCAGGGCUAACAGUUGUUGGAGUCAACUUUGGUCCAUUCAUUACAUGCCUAUACUCUCUUGGUCUUUUUCUGGGGACUAUCUAUUCUGUUCCACCAUUUAGAAUGAAGAGAUUUCCAGUUGCAGCGUUUCUUAUUAUUGCCACGGUACGAGGUUUUCUUCUUAAUUUUGGUGUGUACCAUGCUACUAGAGCUGCUCUUGGACUUUCGUUUCAGUGGAGACAUGGGUGCUAGAAAAAGCAAACUACACAAAGCAUUCAUGGUGAACAUUUGUAGUUUUCUUUGUAUACCUCUCUUCUUCUUCUUUGUAGCUUGGAGACAAAAUCACUUUGUUCAUGUACAUACUAAAGGAUUGGUCCUUUUGAAUUUUGAUGUCUUUGCAAUAAUAAUUUAUUAACCAAUAAAAAGAACGUUUU